CCAGUUCUCUUAAAAAGCAGAGGGAGCUCAGCGCCGCGUCCGCAGAAGAAGAUGGGCAGCUGUUCGAUUCUGGUGGGCCUUCUGCUGGCCAGCAGCUUUUCCUUCAGUAAAGCGUGCCCUAGUGAACUUCUGGAGAACGUGGACUUUCCCGGAUCAGACAUAGCGUCUCUCCAGUCUCCUAGCGUGGAGCACUGUCAGCAGCUGUGCACUCAGCACCCCGCCUGCCUCUUCUUCACCUUCAUCAGGUCCGACUGGACCAGAGACAACAGGCACUUUUCCUGCUUCCUCAAAUCCACCCCCUCCGGGCAGCCAUCUUCCCAAGCUCCUCUUUUGGGCGUCACCUCUGGCUUUUCUCUCAAGUCCUGCAAUCCAGACCCAAGGCCUUGUUUUUCGCAGGUCUUCCAGGACGUGGACUUUCUUGGCGCAGACUACAGAGCCUUGUUCACGCCUGACUACCAGGAGUGCCAGAGAGUCUGCACACAGGAUCCUGGGUGUCAGUUCUUUACUUUUUUAAAAGGGGAGUUCACAGGCCAAAACUUCAGAUUCAAGUGCCACCUUAAGUUUAGCUGGAGUGUCCCACGGACUCCUAUUGUGGAAAAAAAGGCUGGAGUCACAUCUGGAUUUGCCCAAAAAGCCCAACAGACUCAAGAACUUGACACACCAUGUCAGAACCAGUUUUUUGCAAACACCGACAUCCCGGGAAGCGACCUUGAGCAGGAGAAGUCUGUUUCCGUUGAACACUGUCAAGUCCUGUGUUCGGCUCAUCCAAAGUGCACCUACUUCUCCUACAGCAGCGAUGACUUCAAAUGCCAUUUGAAGAACAACCUCAACGACUUGGCAGCUAAACCAAAAGACGGAGUCACGUCAGGCAUACCGGCACACUUCUGUCAGCUUGAUGACACGUGGGUCAAGCAGAGCUAUGAAGGUGUGGAUUUCCGUGGCUCCGACAUUCGAUUCGAGCUGAUGGAUACGGCGGAGCUCUGUCAGUCGAAAUGUGACGAGGAUCCCAGCUGCCAGUUCUACGCCUACGUCGAUGAAAGCUUCUCUGACCGUGCAGAGUGGCGUCGCUGCUUUCUGAAGAGGGUCAUCACCAUGCCGGCUCCUCCCAAAGUUUCCAAACUGGCCAAUGUUGUGUCUGGCUUCAGCCUGAGGGACUGCAGAAAAUAACUUGUUUAAAAAGACAGAAAGCUUUCAGAAAUAAACUUUAAUUUUCUUUUGAU